AUAUUUCUGUACAAAAAGAUGAUAUGGCUUACAGAUACCGAUGUUUUUCAAAACAGCUCAAAAACAGGCGACUGUUGCCAUAACAGAGCUACUGCUCUCACAGGACCCGAGAGAGCGUAAGAAAUCCUCUCUUCUCAAAACAUGAGUCCGGAUUGUGAGCAGCCUUGUUGCCGAGCAACAUUUUCAAGCGGUACAUUAUGUAUUGGGGUGGAUUUUGCCUCGCAUGCGUUGGAUUUUCUGGGUCGACUCGCUUGUUGCCCAUACCUUUUUCUGCUCGGCAACACACGUUUGUUGCCGUGCAACGUUUUCGGGCCCCAGCAACAUUUGAAGGCGGGCGUAUUUGAAUGAAUCGGCCUUGCCGCCCCCGAACAUGAAUGAAACAUGUCUUGGCCGCGGUAAAGGAAACAACAGUAAUUUUGUUCUAAAUUCAGAAAAGUGAUAUUCUCGAUAAAACAACAAAAUAUUUAGUCCUUCUUCGAACGGCGCUGCGGACGAGUCAUCGACUUCGAAUAUACUCCUCAGCUAAAAACCAACAAAACUUUAGAGCUGUCUGUCUCGCCCUAAGAAGGAGAGAAGCAGAGUGAAACGCUUGAAAGAUCAAAAUCAAAAUGAGAUAUUUUGCACCACCACCAACAACAACAACAACAGCAACAGCAACAGCAACAAAAACAAUGUCAAUAAAAAUAAUUAAUAGAAAAAUAUUAGUAUAAUCAACUGAUUAACAAGGACAAUAACGGAACUGAGAGCUCGGGCAAAAAGAAACGAUAUAAAACGUUGCACCAACCACCACCGCCUCACCGCUUCACCGCCUCAAUGCCUCACAGCUCGCUCGUUCACCGCUAAUGCCACCGCUCCACCACCACUACAACCACUACAACCACCACAACCACCACUACCACCACUACUACAACUAGUACUAGUACCACAACCAAUACCACCACCACCACCACCACCAAUAAAUAGCCAAAAAGACAGUAAAGGCCAAACAAAGAUAAAGAUAAAGACAAAGAUACAGAUACAGUUACAGUUACAGUUACAGUUACAGAUACAGAUAAAGCUAAAGAUUCCGAAAGAUCCAAAAAUGUCGUCAUUCGCAAAAUCCCCAGGCAAAGCCCUCAUUGACCACAAAGCAUAUGAGCUAGUGGCUAAAGGUGUCUACGGCAUCGACCUGUUUCAUGUUGUAAUUCGAGGACUUUCGUUUAUUGGCAACAAUAAUGGUCAGCACAACAUUGACAACAUUGGCUGCUGGACAAACAACUAGUAGCAAUAAUCAUCAUCACCACCACCAUCAUCACCACCAGCAGCAGCAGCAACAGCAGCAGCAACUGCAACAGCAGCAGCAACAGUUGCCCUACCAGCGACUGCCGCCACACGCCACAGCUUCCACAGGGGCAGCAGGAUCACUGGCAGCAACCGGCAACCAGUCCCGCAGCUUCUAUGCGCUGAACGGUCUGGAGCACGACUGCGACGGCAACAGCAGCAGCAACAACUAUCCACAGCAGCAGCAGUCCUCUUCUCCGCUUAACGAUCAGAUCAGCCUGCUCUUCCCGAAGUGCCGGCCCAAGCAGCAGCAGCAGCAGCAGCAUUAUCCACAGCAGCAGCAGCAGCAACACCAGCAGCAGCGACAUGAGCUCCACACGGAUGUGAAUCUUAACAGGAGCAGCAGCCCCAUCACUGUAGCAGCCCCUGCGGCCACGGAUCCCGCUGCCACGCAGACCAGCACGCCCAGCUACUACAAGAGCGUCAACAUCAUAACACAGUCGCCGCCGCCGCACUCGGCCUCGUCACACUCCUCGGAGUCGCUCUCCUCGGUGACGCCGCGUAUAUCCACAAAUCCGUUCCUGUGCGCCCCACUGACACCGCCCACGCCGCCGCCACCGCCGCUGCACAGCUCUGCCGCACUUCCAGUCGAGGGUGAGGGUGAGGGUGAAUCGGAGGGAUCCAGAGACGGAUCCAGAGACGGCGUUGCUGCUGGUGGAGCGGGUGCCGGAGCUGAAGAGGAAGUAGACGAGACCGUCCUGCCGGCAGGCUAUCCGGCCUCCUUCUACUACCACACGGGCGAGACCAGGCGUGGCCAGAGCACCUACCCCGAGAUGCCGCGCAAACGGAGCACAGGCCUGCCCACCAGCGCCAGUGCAAGCGCCAUCAGCAGCAGGCAGCAAUCACUGCACAACGGCGGCAGCAACGUGAACGGAACUGCCAGCAAUGGCAAUACUCAGAGUCAGGUGCAGAGCCAGAGCCAGAAUCCCUUCAUCAAGGAGAACUAUUGGGAGACAGCUCCCAUGCGAGCCAGUUCCCUGCUGCACUCUCCCACGGAGUACGCGGAGUACGCGGAGGAGCAGCAGCAGCAGCAGCAGCAUCAACAGCAGCAACAUCUGCAAGCCUCCGCCCGGCGGGCAUACCACCAACAGCGGGAGCAGAUGGCCACACAGCUGUACGGCUUGGCCCAGCGACAGGCAACACAGCAGCCGCCGGCGCACAUCCUCCGGGUCGGACGGAGCCCGAUCAACCGCAGCUACACGGCAUCCCAGCAGCAGCAGCCGCAGCAGCAGCAGCCGCAACAGCAACAGCAGUCCGUAAACAAUGCCUGUGCAGACGGACUGACCCCACUGGCCAGCCACUAUCUAUACGGAAGCAAGUCCUCUUUGGAUCAGCACGGGGCCGGAGACUGGGAGCCACGGGAGCAGCGCAAACUGAGGAUGCGCGAGGAGCGGGAACGGGAGAGGGAGAUCCUGUUGCUUGAGCAGGAGGUGCUGACGGCACGGGAAAACCACCUGACCCACUUGACUGGGCAGCAGCAGCAGCGCAAGCGGCAUGGACACGGCGAGGACAGGGAGCGUGAGAGAGAGCGCGAUCAUCGUCUGGUCAAUGGUAGCGCAGCAGGCAAUGAGGGUGUCUACGGAUCGGCGGAUCCCGGCGAGAGCUGGCAUCAUCUGCGCGUUACAACCGAAGCAAAUGUGGCCGAGGAAAGCAGCUGCAAGCAUCCCAGCAAGCUGAUAGAGAAGACUCUGCCCAUGCCACAGUCGCAGUCCCAAUCGCAGUCCCAGUCGCAGUCGCAGUCCCAGUCGCAGUUGCAGCUGCAGUUGCAAUCCGGCCUAAGGAGCCUUGAGGAGGCAGCCAUGUACCGGGAGCACAAGCUAGAUGCCUGGCAACUGGAGCGCAACUACACGCUGGCCGUGGAGUCGCGUCACGGCAUUAUAGAAUACGAAGGCUCUCCCCGGCGCAUUGGUGGCUGGGGGGCAGUGACUGCAGCAGCGGCAGCCUCGGCAGCGGACGAAAGCGAACCACCAGCAACUGCGGCAGCAGCAGCAGCAGCACCAGCACCGCAGCAGCAGCUUCCCAUGGCCGCUGUGCCACCGUUGAGCUCAACAGCCACCUCGCUGCAGAAGACGGCGGCCCGGGCAGCCCUUGCCGCACUGGCCCAGACCCAGAACCACAUUCAGAACCACUCGCAGGCGCCACAACCACCGCAGCAAUUGCAGGCCUAUCCUGUGCGCCCGGGCUUUCCACAGCGCAUCCUUUCGCCGCCUCAUCGCGAGCCCCGCAGCUGCUCCCCUCAGCCGCCGCAGCACGCGGCACCACAGCACCACACGAGCAUGAUGAGCAACCACAGCAACAACCACACGAACACCAACAAACUACAGCAGCCGGUGAGCAGCGACACCAAUGCGGAGGACACCAGCAACGAUGUGUCCGAAAUUGGCACCAUCUCCGACCUGACCACGCCUGAAGCGGUGGCCAACGAGGUGGCCAGCAGGUCGGCCACGCCACCAUUGCACACAACACCAGCACCAGUACCAGCACCAGCACCACCGACAGCGUGCUGCUCAACAACAGGAACAGGAGCAGGAGCAGGGGCAGGAGCGGGACCAGGACCUGGAGUUGGAGUUGGACCACUGAGCCUCCACACAAAAUCAUCGACCUUUGAUUACCUCUACGAGUUCUCGGAGACGCGCAAGGUGCUGGAGGAGUUCUUCAAGUGCCCCUCGACCGACGAGCAGCCCAUCAUGGAGAACGGCAGCGAUGUGGACAGCAUUGACAUACAGUACGAGUUCCACAGCAACUUUGAGCGCGACGAGGAGGAGCUGGUCGAGGAUGAGGAGGAGGACGAUGACGUGGACGUCGACGGCGACGGUGACGACGAGGAGAACGAUGAGGCAGAGGACGAGGACGAGCACAUCGCGCAGGACCCGGAGCACGACGAGGAUCAGGACCACGACCAGGACCGGGACUAUCGCCAGCAGCAGCAGCAAGCCCCCUCCUCAGACCUGUCCCGAGACGUAGAGCGUCAUGUCUACGGGGGAUACACCCAGCCGCAGAUGCAGCAGAGUCAGCCCAUGCCCGUGGGAGUAGGCAUGAGCGUAGGCGUGGGCGUCUCGGGACGUAGGCCACACUACAGCAGCGGCAGCCCCCUGAUGCGGGACUUUGACUUCUUCCUGGACUCUGCCAGCCGGAGCAGCGGCGAACGGGACGGUGAGCAGGAUGGCCUCAACCACAACCAACUGCUGAGCACCGGAAGCGGCAGUGGGCUCGGCCAGAGCGUGGGCGUGGGCGUCGGCCCGGCCGGGGGCCACAACUACCGCUACUCGCCGGAGACCACCGACUACGACUCCAACUGUGGCGAUCUGGACAGUCUUUCUGGGGAGAUGAACGGAGGCGUGUCGACCUCGUGCUCGAACUACGCCAAGUACUAUGCCUCCGCCAUGCCCGUGCUGGAGGACGGACUCUCCUCGGGCCACACCAGCGACACCGAGAACAACAACAAUAAGAACCUGCAGCAGGCCGGCGUCCAGGGGGGCCCGGGCCAGGGUCAGUGCGCCAACAGCCUGAGUGCCAGCACCAGCAUCGGUGGCAGCGGCGGCAUCUCCAUGCUGAUGGACAUGAAGCGCCUAUCCACCAACAACAGCCUCAACAGCAUGCACAACCUGACCACCGCCUCCACCACGGACAGCAACGGCGGCCACGGCCACCUCGUCAACAGUCCCAGUCCCAGCAAUGGGCUCGCCAAGCAGCCACCGCCGAUGCCACAGCCCCGGGAGCUGCUCGGCCAGAGUCCCAGCCAGACCCAGAGCCACAGCCACAGCCAGAACAAAGUGUUCAAGAACAUCGAUCCCGACCUGGACUCGCUCUAUUCGAUCAGUGUUUUCCAUCGACCGGACACGGUGCAGAUGACGCCGCCGCCGCCGGCCCCAGCGCCGCAUCGCAAGCCCAAUAGCAGUAGCGCAGCAGACGUCGAUCUGCUGCAGCCGAGCAGCAAGCACACGCCCCUGGCGUCGGCCAUCAGCUCAACGCUGCAGCGCAGCUCCCCCACCACCCCGUCGGGCAGUGGUGGGUUGGGGUCAGGCCCGGGUAAGCCCAGGAGUGCGGGGAGCAACGGUAGCAGCAAUGGAACCGGAACCGGAAACGGCAACGGAGUGUUGGGAGGCGUACCGCCGCCGAUUCCGGAAAGAAGCAGCCUGAUGACGGCGCAGCAGCGAUCGCCUUCGCCGGUGAUAAGCUCGCCCGUGUGGCUGUCCCGGCACCUGGACGGUGGUGUCGGCAAGGGGCUGCUCGAGUCCGGGUCGGACAACCAUUCGAAGAACCACAGUGCGGACGAGGACGAUGUGGACACUGACCUGGAGACGGACCGCCUGCUGGGACACCAGCGGCUGGACGACCAGGGCUACUACGACGAGAACAAGAGCUGGGACCGCAAGCCGCGCUCCUCGCUGCUCUCGAAAAUCUCACCCAAGCAGCAAAUGCCCAGCACGAAGACGCGGAACGGCUACAACGCUCUGCUCAGCUCCACGCCGGAGCUGCUGCCGCCACCACCCAUACCCCCAAAGAGCUCCUCCGGCAGCGGCGGCAAGCUGCUCGACCUCGUCGGGGGUAUGGUCCAGCGCAGCAUAUCACGCAGCUCCUCGGAGCACAGCGAGAAAUCGCCCAGCAAGAUGCAGUUGCAGGCCCAGCAGUCCGGGACGACCGUAGGCGAUCCUGUGGAUGUGGUGGCCUCGGCCGUGGUGGCUGCCUCGGUGGCAGCGGCGGUGGCAUCGGCUCCGCCCUUGGACAGUCCCGGCAACGGCGGCGGAUCCGACCGUUCCGUAAACGGUGGCGGUGGCGGAGGUGGCGGCAUCAUCAAGCUGGAGGCGGAGAACGGCAGUCUCAACGGUGGAAUCAACAUCACAGCAGCAGUGGCCGGAGGAGCAGGAGCAGGAGCUGGGAGCAGUGUGGCCAAUCCCGGAGCCGUGACCACCGCAGUGAAUGCUGGCAGCAACAACAGCAGCGGCAGCGGCGCCGGCAGCAACAGCAACAGCGGCUGCGGCAGCGGCAGCGGCGAGAAAAAAGUGAAAAAGAGUAAGAGCAAAGAAGGCGGCGCAGUGCUAAUCGAGGGCGUCCUCUUCAGGGCCAAGUACUUGGGCUCCACGCAGCUGGUCUGCGAGGGUCAGCCCACAAAGUCAACGCGCAUGAUGCAGGCCGAGGAGGCCGUCUCCCGUAUCAAGGCCCUGGCACCCGAUGGCGAUGUCCAGCCCAGCACCGAAGUGGAUCUAUUUAUAUCAACGGAGAAGAUAAUGGUGCUGAACACCGACUUGAAGGAGAUCAUGAUGGAUCACGCACUGCGCACGAUCUCUUAUAUAGCGGACAUUGGGGAUCUGGUGGUGCUGAUGGCUCGACGCCGCUUUGUGCCGCAGGACAUCGACGAUGCUCCCAAGCCGAAUCGUACGCCCAAGAUGAUCUGUCACGUGUUUGAGAGCGACGAAGCCCAGUUCAUUGCCCAGUCCAUAGGCCAGGCCUUCCAGGUGGCCUACAUGGAGUUCCUCAAGGCCAACGGCAUCGAAGACCAUCGAUUCGUCAAGGAGAUGGACUACCAGGAGGUGCUCAACAGCCAGGAGAUCUUUGGCGACGAGCUCGAGAUUUUUGCCAAGAAGGAGCUGCAAAAGGAGGUCGUUGUGCCCAAGGCCAAGGGCGAGAUCCUCGGUGUGGUCAUUGUCGAGAGCGGCUGGGGCUCCAUGCUCCCCACCGUCGUCAUUGCCAACCUGAUGAGCUCCGGCGCGGCGGCCCGGUGCGGCCAACUGAACAUCGGCGAUCAGCUGAUCGCCAUCAACGGACUGAGCCUCGUCGGCCUGCCGCUCUCCACCUGCCAGACGUACAUCAAGAACACCAAAAACCAAACAGUCGUCAAGUUCACAGUGGUGCCCUGCGCCCCCGUUGUCGAGGUGAAGAUCAAGCGGCCAGAGACCAAAUAUCAGCUGGGAUUCAGUGUUCAGAAUGGUGUGAUCUGCAGUCUUCUGCGGGGCGGCAUAGCCGAGCGAGGUGGGGUCCGCGUUGGCCAUCGCAUCAUUGAGAUCAACAACCAGAGCGUGGUGGCAGUGCCCCACGAGAAGAUCGUCAACUUGCUCGCCACAUCAGUGGGGGAGAUACUCAUGAAGACGAUGCCCACAUCCAUGUUCCGCCUGCUCACCGGCCAGGAGAAUCCCAUAUAUAUUUAAGCUCUGGGAAGAGGGGGAAAUGCAAGACGGUAGACGAUAGACGAUAGAUGAUAGAUGAUGAUAUUGUUAACUACAAAACCAUUUGGAAGAUAUUAUGAUAUAUAGUAUAUGUGUGUGUGUGUACGCUUGCAUAUAGAGUGUACAUACAUAUCUGUGUAUGUAUAUGCGUGUAUAGGCUUAGGAAGAUAUGAUUUAGCUUACCUAUAUCUACAUAAUAUAUCUAUUUUUUUUUUUGUUUGUUAGUAAACUAAACCAAUUUCGAUCGGGGCGACAGCAGCUACUACGACAAAUAAAGAAGGGGAGGCGACACCCGACGACAGCACACAUGGCACACGGCACAUGGCACAGGGCACGCCUUUUUGCAAAGCUUAGUAAUAAUAGUCAAUAAAAUGUGGCCCCGAUCGGCGGAGUGACUAAACGUAUAUCCAUAGUGCAUAUAACUACAUAUAUACAUAUAUACGAACACGAUGACCUUUUUGCGAAAACGUCCUUAGCUUAGUUGAACAGCGCCAACAUUAUAGAACAGAAACAGAAAAGAACAGAACAUCAGAAGAACAGAAAAGAACAGAUCGGAACAGAUCGGAACAGAUCGGAACAGAUCAGAGAGUACUGCAGUUAGCCACCGUUAUACCCGACCCAAUUCCACUACUGUUCUCCCCAGAUAUCUGCCCACUUACAUGCAUAUAUACUAUAUAAAGAACCACUGGAACACUGGAACACUGAAGCACAAGGCAAACAGAGCGAAAACCUUCAAGCUAGUCAGCAGCUAGACAGCAGGCAGUCGGCUGCUCUUCUGAUAUGCAUAUAAAGUAUAUAUAUUCGAUAUAUACGUAUAAUCCACACACUAUAUAGCACCCUCAUAUAUUUAUAUAUGUAUACAAAUACAAAUAAAAAUAUAUAUAUAAACAGAGAGAAAGAGAGAGAUAAAGAGAGAGAGAGGUAGAGAAGAGAGAUACUCGUGGAUGGGAGAUGGAGAUUGUAACUAACGCGUUUCCUUUUCUACUCGAACAUAUAGCCGAGAAUUUUGAUAGUUAUAGAAAGCAUAUACCUAUAGCCUGAUCAUAAUGUAUGUAACAUAUAAACUGAAGAAGAGCGAUUCACCGACAUCCGAACACCGUACACCUAAAGCGAAACCCACACCCCUAUCCACCACCUACUAUAUAUUUAGAGGAUUUAGUUAGCAGGAUAGUCUCCUUCACACACAAUCGAUCACACAAACACACUCACUCACUUAGAAGCUUCGAUUUCAACCAUCUUCGUCCAAAAAUUGUGCUACUACUCGUUAAACAAGUUGAUAUAUAUAGAGGGGAAUAGAGAGGGAAACAGAGAAAGGGAGGGACAUAGAUCCAAGAAAAGUUAGAGCUAGAAAGCCAUAGGAAGAGUUAAUCCAAAGCAUAAGACAUAGCAGACAUACGCCAUAUACGCCAGAAAGAAAGAGAGAGGGAGAGAGAGAGCGGAAACGGAAUAGAAUAGAAGAUAGAAAAGUUCGAGAGAUGGGAUUCAAGGAUUCAAGAUGCCCAGGCAUGAAUACAGCGUACAUCUGGAAUGGCAUUAUCGUAAUCGUAAACCCAUGAGAAGACACGACUCGUGACAGACAGAGACGGAGACAGAGACGGAGACAACAAAUUGCAUUUCUAUGUAUUGUAUGUAUGAAUGUGUAAAAUACUCGCUACGGCCCAAUGGAAACCGGAACAGCUGUCACCAAGAGUACUAUUAUUAAUUAUAAAUUAUGAAUUAUUAAUGAAAUGGGACAUUUGCUUGAUGUUUGUGAAUUGAACGAAAUUGUUUGAAAAAUUGUUCGGCCGCAUUACCGCUGCUUGGCACGGGCCACGCCCAAGCCCACCAAUAAAAAACAAAAAAUUCAAAUUAAAACCAGAAGAAAAAAAAGGAGUAAGAGAUCCCCAAAUUCAGCUUCAACAAACUAAAGAGCAAAGAAAAAAAAAAAGAAUACAAAUUAAACCAAAUAAGUACUGAAUUGUAUUUUUUUUUUUGGUUUUUUUUUUUGGUGGUGUACAUUAUUUAUAUAACAAAGAAAUGGCAUAACAAUUUAAUGGAUAUAUGAAAUAUAAAUUAUAUAAGAACGAUCAUAGCGAUGAUUAUUUGUAAAGGCAAACGAAACCAAAAAAAAAAACAAAAAAAUAAAUAAACAAAAAGCAAAAAAACAACCGAAACCAAAAACUAAAUAAAUAAAUGAAAGAAUAUAUAAUCAUAUGCGUAACAAAAGUAUAAAACCGAAAAUUGAGCAUAAUAAAGAGGAAAUGGAAACAAAAAA